AUGUAUAAGACAAUUGGAGGCGCAAAUCUGAAGUGGGAAGAACUGUGUGAAGUGAUACUUGACGUUGAAGUGCAAAUCAAUAGAAGACCGCUCAGUUAUGUUGAAGACGAUGUUCAACUGCCGGUGUUGACACCCGAGCUCUUUUUAUUCCAGAGAUCCAAUCAUCUGCCAGAACAGAAAUUAUGGGUCGAAAGUGAUCCGGACUUACGUAAGAGGGCAAGAUACUUGAAAUCUUGCAAACAAGCCUUGUGGAAAAGAUGGUCGAAAGAAUACCUCACUGCACUGCGAGAACGACAUAACAUGAGUCAUGGGACUAAAAAGUUCAUUGUAAACGUAGGAGACGUCGUGCUGAUCAAAUCCAACGAAAAGAAUAGAGGGAAAUGGCCUCUUGGGAUCGUUAUAGAGACAUAUCCAGGAAGAGAUGGAGUGAUACGUGGGGUAAUGUUGAAAACGCCAAAUGGAAACCUAGAACGACCAGUUCAAUUGCUUUACCCAAUGGAAUUAGCUUGUGAUCGACAGAGCCAUGAAGAGAGACCUGAUCUUAAUCCAGACGCUCAACCAUUCAAGCCAAAGCGUAAGGCAGCUGAAAAUGCAGCGGGGAUCAUCAAAUCGAUUGCUGACGAAGAAAACGAAGAGAUUUGA